GAAACUGUGAUUCAGAACGGGUUGCGCCAGUUCCAACCUAGGUUCAAAAACGAAUUCGACAUUAGUGUAGUCUUUCCGCCGCGCUCCGCCUUGUGGUCAUCCCCUGAACAAGCCACCGAAUCUGAAUCUGAGUAGUGUGGCUAGUGGACAGCAAAAUCAUUGCUCGACUGAUGGACGGGCAAUCUUUUCGCGUAAUCGAGUGGAGUGGAUUUCGAUUCGAGGUUUGAGCCACGGGGCUUUCGGUUCUAGAAACGGUUCCAAUUCCACCGACCCGGAUCCUUGGCCGGAUUGAAUUUAAUGUAGGGGAAGACCAGUGCAAGAAGACCACUUCGGGUAUUUUAGUAGAAAAUUUUUGCAUCAUCAGCGGAAAGAAGCAGCUGCAGAGAGCAGAGACGAAUCCCCGUAGAAGAUUUUGUGCCUCGGGAAUCGACGUCACGUCACAGUUCGAAGAAGAUGGAUUGAAAUUGGCCGCAAGUGGUGAUGCUGGGAGCUCUAUAGGAGUAAUUAUCAGUGCAAGAAGAAACGUAGAAAUUGUAGGUGCGGCUUUAAGUGUGUGUGGAAAAUUUGGUGCUUCAAUUGCCAUUAUUAGCUUGGCCAGGUGCGGAGGAAGUGCAGGUGGAUUACUUAUCCCAAAGCGGAGAAGAAGAGGAUGUGAAAGAGAUUCUUCGGUUGCAGAGAAGAAAAGUCUUUCAAGCCGAGCCGAAAGGAAGAAAGUGGCCACGCAGCGGAAUAAGAAGCACUAGAAGAAGGCAAGGCAUUCAUAAAUUAUCGUUCGCAAAGGAUUGCAUUCGUGUUACGAAUUAAGAAGUCAGAAGAAAAAGUCGGAUAAAGAGAUAACUUUUCGGUUUGGAAGGUGUCAGGAGGAGCGGGGAUCAAACCCGGAGCCGAUCCAGUCAAUCCGUCAGCCAGCAGAAGCUCCCCAUUCUGUCUCGCACACUCUGUCCCCUUGUGUCGUGCCUCUCGUGUCUCUACGAAGAUGAUGAUGAUGAUCGUAAUCGUUUGAAUUAGAGGGGCGUGUUGCAUCUCGAAAAGCGCAUAUCGACUAUUAACGCAUUGCAACGCAACCUAUAAAUGCCAACAGCAGCAACAACAGCAAGAGCGGAGACAACAACGGCAACAUUUAGAUAGCUAGCCUGCAGCUUGUAUGUACCAUCCCGCUGUUUCGAUGAGAAGGAAGAGAUGUUUCGACGGACGUAUUUCCAGCGUAACUCGCAGCAACGUAAUCUCAAGACAACCAUAUUGACCAACUUCCUGAAAAAGAUGGCAUUCACCGGGUCGCUCAGGAAAACCCUCUUCGGACUCCUGCUGGUGAUGAUAUUCCUGGUGAUGCUGCUCUACUGGAACGAGAACCAGAGCCCCAUAAAACCGGCCGGGUCGGCGAUGCUGUUUGCCAGAAUUUUCCACCGGGAAGGAGUCGUCGGCGGUAGCGAAGGAAGUGAGGCGCUUGUAGCGUUGCCACCGCCCAAAGUGAACUCACCAGAAAAAGCCUGGACGUACAAGUGCGUCAAUAACCGGUGCGUCCGACAGCACUACAUUGAGCCGAGUGAUCCGGAGAGCGCGUUCGGGGGCAGCACUACGGGGAAACGAGUCCCGUUCCUGACCUGCACGAUGACCUGCGGGCCGAUCAACAUUUGGCCACAGCCGACGGGGAAGGCUUCAAUUGGCAGUAAGGCUUCCCGCUUCCGCCUGUCCGAUGUGCACUUCAAUGUGAAAACCGCCCACAAACCUGUGGAGGAUCUGCUGUGGGACGCCUUUCGGGUGUUCAAAGAAGAGCUCCGAGCGGUUUUGGUGGCACGGGGUGCUGGAGCAGAUGAGGCAGAUAGUUCGACCGUUACCGAGAACGGAGACGCAGCUCGGGGGAAGGGUCAGCAGGACGUUGGUGCUAAAGUGGAAGGAUCUGCGGCUAAAAUUAGGUUCUAUAAGGCGGUGGACGACAGUCGGUACGAUGUGGAUCGGUUCGAUGUGCGAAUAAACGUACUUAAAUCACCGGAAAUUCACCUCACCAUGCAAACUGAUGAGGGCUACAACAUGACGGUUGGACAUACGGCACGCUCGCUGGUGGUGAAAGUUUUUGCCAACAGCUUUUUCGGAGCGAAACACGCCCUCACCACGCUGCAACAGUUGAUUUGGUUCGACGACGAGGAACGCAUACUGAAAGUAUUGAACAAAGCCUUAAUUGAAGAUGUGCCAAGAUUUAAUUUUCGUGGCCUUAUGUUAGACACAUCGAGACACUAUUUCUCGGUAGAAUCGAUAAAACGGACACUGGUAGGGAUGUCCCACUCGAAGCUGAACCGAUUUCAUUGGCACAUUACGGAUUCGCAAAGUUUUCCGUUGGUGUCCAAGCAUUAUCCUCAGUUAGCCCAGUACGGAGCGUAUUCGGAUCGGGAGAUUUACACCGCGGACGACAUUCGUGAUAUUGUGCAGUUUGCGAGGGAGCGAGGAAUCCAGGUGAUUCCGGAAAUUGACGCACCGGCACACGCCGGGAACGGUUGGGAUUGGGGGCCAAAGCAUAAUCUCGGAGACUUGAGCCUUUGUAUCAAUCAACAACCGUGGAGUUAUUACUGCGGAGAGCCUCCGUGUGGCCAACUUAAUCCAAAAAACAACAACACUUACCUGAUCCUUCAGAAGCUAUACGAGGAACUGUUGGACCUGACCGGCCCCUUGGAUUACUUCCACCUGGGAGGCGACGAAGUCAACCUGGAAUGUUGGCAGCAGCAUUUCAACGAGUCGGACAUGCGAACGUUGUGGUGUGAUUUCAUGCAACAGGCGUACCACCGGUUGCAGAUUGCCAACAAGGGGGUGGCGCCGAAAAUGGUGGCCGUGUGGUCCAGUGGGCUGACAAACUAUCCGUGCCUUUCGAAGAAUUCCUUCGCCGUACAGGUGUGGGGCGGCAGCAAGUGGCAGGAGAACUUCCAACUGAUCAGCGCCGGGUUCAAUUUGGUCAUUUCGCACGUGGACGCGUGGUACCUGGAUUGUGGGUUCGGCAGUUGGCGAUCGACAGCUGAGGGAGCAUGCUCGCCCUAUCGCAACUGGCAAACCGUCUACAAACACCGACCCUGGGACGAGAUGAAGCUCACGUCGCUGCAGAUGCGUCAGAUUCUCGGCGGCGAGGCAUGCCUCUGGACCGAACAGGUGGACGAAUCAACGCUGGACUCCCGGCUGUGGCCACGGGCGGCAGCUCUCGCCGAACGACUGUGGACCGAUCCAGUCGAGGAAAUCUACAGCGAGUCCGUGCCGAAGGACACCUUCAAUCGGAUGUCCGUCUUCCGGAAUCACCUGCUCGAGCUGGGUCUCCGAGCGGAACCGAUCUUCCCCAAGUAUUGUGCCCAAAACCAGGACGAGUGCGUAUGAUAUUCGAUGAGCCCAUUUUACUAAGUGGAAAACAGGGACUGCGAACAAUUUGGAGGCGCUCCUCGGAAGGAAGGUGAGCGUUGUCGUCGUUGUUGUUGCUAGGUUUUCGUAAGGAUUGUAAAUAUUUGUACAACCGUGUAGGAUAGAAACGCGCUAAACCAGAACAAAACCACUUAAUUAAGGUUUCAAUUUCAAGCGAGAUUUUAGUACAUCUCUAGAACAAAAGCCAGGGAUGGCCACGACAAGUGAGGACAAAAAGUGAGAAUCGAUAAACAGACUCACACACAUACUGAUGGUUGUAUACUGACUACAAAAAAAAAAAAAAUAAAACUAGACAAACUGAAUUAAUGAGAGUAGUUCAUUCAAAUAGUUGACAUAUAUUUUAAGGAAAGUAAAUUAUAUUUUGAAACAAACUACACCUACACAUUUACUCACGGCUGAGAUCUGUUGUUGGUAGAAAAUCGAUUUUGUUUAGCAUUAACAACCGAGCAGGGUAUUCGCAUGAUUAAUGCCACGGCUGUACUUACAGUAGAUCACAUGCUUGCACGUUUCUGCAACUGUGCGAUUUUCCAUCCGGGUUUUAUUUCCUUCCAUAUUCGCCAAGGUUCCGGUCGUUCAGCCUUAUGCGAAAGCGAAGAAGCGAUGAGAAAAUUACGACUAAAAAUCAAUAUUACAUCCUCCUAGGUAGAGUAAUUAGUAUUUUUCAAACAACUUUCAGCUAUUUGAUGCAUAGUGCGGUAAGAAAAAAGACUGGAUUUAUGUUGUGGUUUAGCAGAAUCGGUAAUUAUCCGUUAUCCUAAUGCCUGCCUGUGUAAUUGGGACCGCUCCGAGUGAACUACCUAUUUAGCUACGCCUACAGUUUGUUGAGUUUGCGUGCGCGUACGAGUUAUUGGUUGAAUAUGAACAAUGUGCAUUAUAUAGCGAAUAGGUUUGUUUAGUAUGCUCUCUCCGUUAGGAAAGUACAUUAGACGAAAUAGUUAAUUGAUUUUUUCCACGA